AUGUGUGUGAAGAAGAUUGCACCCAAACUCCACUUCGACAAGUUUAUAGACCAUCCCAUCCCAUUGCCGACAACAAAGGCCCGUAAUGUAAUCAAUAUUGUUUUAAGAAGAAAUAAGGUAUUUUCUCACACUCUGCGACCGACUGCGGAGGUGCCUGUUGCGCGAGAGUGUUUUGUCUGGGGUGCAAACACCGUGCCUUUUUCGAGGCACGUACACCCCCGCUUCUUUCACUUCCUUGUGCGCCCUAGUAGACACUGCCACGAGUGGGUACUCCAACUAUGCGACCUCAAGGUAUUGAUAAGAGGCAUCCUCAAGGAGAUGGACUCCGGGGUUGUCCAAACAGAGCUGGCCGAGGGAUACCCCGUAAGGGAUGUACGGAAGAGUACGAUAUGGUAA